UAAAAGUAGGUUUGUUCUCUGAUCUGAUUGGUUAAAAAGUGUUGUCGAAUGAGCAUAACAUCGCUGAAUUUUUGGGGUCUCAUCACCGUGUAUGUAUACAUUAAUUAAUGGAACUAUUUUUGAAAUCAUCAACAUGGAGGAACAGAUGGAAAUUUACCCUGACUUCCACAUCGGAGAUUUCGAUGAAAUAUUGAGUGAUUGGGACGACGAGACAUUUUCUGAGAUAAUUCAAGAAUUUGAAGGUAAAUGAAAUUUACCUAUUUUCAUUAAUUACCCAAUCAUAAUCAUAAAUGAUGUAAUUUUCUUUGGCUUGGCCAAAGGGAAAAGAAAAGAAAAUCAUUUUUUAACAGAGUAAAAACAUUUAUUGCAACUCUAUAAUAGUUAUGACUUUCAUAUACCCACCUACUUUUGUUAUUAUUAUUACUCACAACAGCUGUUGAAGCUGAAAACCGUUCUGAGAUGGCCCCUGAACUAGGAAAUACAGCCAGCGUUUCCGUAGAGCCAAAAGUUCAAGCGUCCAGUGACCGCUUCGCGUCCCUUGAUGCAAAUGCAGUACAGGACAUCGUGGAUGGGAACCUCUCCAAAUCUACUGGGCGUAAUACCUCCUGGGGAGUUAAAAUAUUUCGACAAUGGCUUGGUUUCCGAGGUUUUGAACCCAAGUUCGAAGAGCUUCCUGCUUCUCAACUGAAUGAGAGACUGAGGUUCUUUUAUGCCGAAGUCAGAAAUGCGGAGGGAGAUCUUUACUCAAAAUCGAGUUUUGUUGGGUUGCGUGCUGCCAUACACAGGCACAUCAGGGGACCGCCAUUUGAGCGCAGCAUAAACAUUAUCCAAGACCGGGAAUUUCACACUGCAAACAAUGUUUUUCUGUCCAUGAUAAAAAAACUAAAGCGCGAUGGCCUUGACCAGGCAACACAUCAUGCUGCUAUCCCCGAGAAUGAUUUAAAAAAAAUUCGUGAAAGUUUGGAUACGGAAACUCCUUCCGGCUUGCUUCGUAAAGUGUGGUUCGACCUUACACUCGGUUUCGCUCGUCGUGGUGAAGAAAACCAAAGGGAAUUAACUGCAUCUUCCUUUCGUGUAUCCACCGAUGAACAGGGGUUUGAGUUCAUUGAAAUGACACACUCCGAAGUCACAAAAAAUCACAGGGGGGACCUCAAAGACUCAAAUGGGCCCAACAAACGCAUUUAUGCAACAUCGGACCAAUUCUGUCCUGUACUUUCAUUAAAAAAAUACAUGUCUCUCCUCAAUCCCAACAAUGGUGCUUUUUACCAGGCUCCCAAGAGACGAGUCCACGUCGACGACACCGAAUGGUACACCACGAGGCCAGUUGGUGUAAAUGUCAUUGGCAACAUGAUGAAAGAAAUUUCUACCAACGCUGGUCUCAAAGUGUAUACAAACCAUUGUCUUCGGGCAACUGCUGUUACUUUGCUGUCAAACGCAGGCAUUGAAAAUCGCGAGAUUUGCAAAAUUACCGGCCACAAAACCGAUGAAUCGUUGAAGUCGUAUUCCAUUGACUCGAGCUCGGCUCAAAAACGACAUUAUUCGAACAUUCUUCAGGGACUGCAGCAGCUCGCUAACGAACGUAAUUUGCUCCCGUGA